CUGGACACCCUCACUGACAUAGCAGCAGAGACAAAGAAGGAGGCUCUGAGGAACACAGUUCCAUCAUUAAACAACAGAGACCACGUGGAGGAGAAGAGAUACCAACAGGGAGUGCAUUGUCAUUUGGCAGUCCUAGUGUUGCUGCCUUACAGUAAGAGGCACAGUGAAAUAUCCAGCUUUAAUUCAGGUUCACCACUGGAUACUUCCUCUGUGCUGUGCAUUUUAAUUCCAUUGGGCAGAGAGGACUUGUGUGUGUUCAGGAACCAGUCCUUCCAGCCCUCGGGACAAAUUAGUCACACAAGUGCCACCUAUUACUGUAAGUUUAAUAUAAGACCUGCUGAGCUCCAUUGCAGGGACAUUCCUCCAGUAUGAGCUGCCUGGGAUACAUUGUUGCUGCCAGGCUCACCUGUGCCCUGCUGGUAGCCGUGUGGCUGCAUCCUCGUGCAGCUGACUGCCAGGAUAUCGAGGACGCUGAACGACACUUCACUGAGGCUGUGCUGGAGCAAUAUGGACUCAAUGGGAAUAUAAGUUUGGCCAAUGUGACCGAAAUAAUGGAGGUCUGUGAGAAACGUGGGGAGAAUUGGGGAGCUUCUGCCCUUAACCAGUGCUUAUCCAGUGAGGACAUAUUUAAACAUUAUGGACUUCAUAAUGAAAGUCAAAUUACUACAACAAACUUCAAGAAUAUCUGUCCUGCAAUUUUAUAUCGAAUUAUUGCUCAUCCGUGUACAGAUGAUGAAAAUAUGGGUUACCAGCGGCCUAGUCCUGCAGAAGUGUGGGGAUACAGCUUCCUGACUGUGACUAUCAUUAACUUGACGUCACUGCUUGGCUUGUUUAUAACACCUUUAAUAAAUAAGCCAUAUUUUCCAAAAAUAUUAACUUAUUUUGUGGGUUUGGCUAUUGGAACUUUGUUUUCAAAUGCAAUUUUUCAACUUAUUCCAGAGGCAUUUGGGUUUGAUCCUAAAGAGGACAACUAUGUCACUAAAGCAGUGGCUAUUUUUGGAGGUUUCUAUGUUCUAUUUUUUGUUGAGAGAAUGCUGAAAAUGAUUCUGAAAAUCUAUGGUGAGGGUGUUCAUACUCACUUAGAAAUCGACAAUCCUCGCCAUGAAUACCACAAAGACGCUCCCAUAAGCAAAAUUGCAAAUGGAACAACAGUAUUUAUAAAUUCAGCAGUAGUGGAGGUUAACGGGAAUCAAAACAAUGACAAAAUCAGUGUGGUUUCAUCAAAGGACUCAGGAGAACCAUCUCGCCUCUGCAAGUCAUGUAAAUGGACUCCACUGAAAGAGAUUGGCACAUUAGCUUGGAUGAUCACACUGAGCGAUGGUCUUCACAAUUUUAUUGAUGGACUUGCUAUUGGGGCUUCUUUCACCCUGUCCCCUUUGCAAGGGUUGAGCACAUCCAUUGCAAUUCUAUGUGAAGAAUUUCCUCAUGAGUUUGGUGAUUUUGCCAUCUUGCUUAAUGCUGGAAUGAGCAUACCCCAGGCCCUUUUCUUCAACUUUACAUCUGCAUGCUCUUGUUACGUUGGUUUAGUCUUCGGGGUUUUAGUUGGCAACAACUUUGAGCCAGAUAUUAUAUUUGGAAUAGCCGGUGGCAUGUUUCUUUAUAUUGGUUUGGCUGAUAUGUUUCCAGAGAUGAAUGAAAUGCUGAAAGAUAAAAUAAAAGGGAGGAAAACAGAUUUAACCUAUUUUGCAAUUCAGAAUGCUGGCCUGCUGUCUGGUUUCACUAUCAUCCUGCUGAUAACUCUGUACGCUGGAGAAAUUAGACUGAAUUAAGACAAAUCACUGGAUAGAACUAACUAGAGUGUUGAAACUUUUACUUAUGUUUCUACAAACCUCAAGAAUCACAAUAAUCUAUUUUUAUACACACUUGGAUUUAAGGACUGCAAUCGGAUUCAGGGAGUGAAUAUUUAAGUGCUGCUAUCAUAGAAAUUUUUAUUAAAAUAUUUACAUGUUUUUUUAUUGAAUGCACCAGGCAUUACCUGUACAGUGUUAUAGUGAGCCAAAGGUGUUACAGUACAUGAUGCAUGUAUAUAGGCAGCGGCUGCCUCUACAUUCCUUGUGAUUUGGAAAAUAUUAAAGAAUGAGCUCACUUCCAAAUCACACUGAAAUUUCUAAGGGCUUUUGCAUCUAGGGCGUUUUGAUGAAUGCUUAGAUUUUCUUUUCUUUUAUAGCAUUUGUUUAUUUCUUUGUUGCACUUGAAAGAAAAUGUGAAGAGUGGAAUCAAUGAAGUGGCGAUUGAAAUCACUGUUUCUUAGUGUUCAACUGUAAAUGAGGAGUCUAUGUUAUGAGUAACAUGUUUUAAUAAACAUUGAUUUAUGUACAAAAAAAGUUGUGUUAUAUUUGCUUAC